AUGAGGAGUUUCGUAUGGUCUCAUGUUGGGAACGGUUUGAGUACCUCGGCUUGGUUUGAUACGUGGAGUGAUAUAGGUCCGCUAAAUCAGGUCAUCUCGCCUAGAGUUAUCGCGAAUGCGGGGUUCAAUAUGGAAUCUAAGUUUUCUGACGUUUAUUCUAAUUCUUCUUGGAGAUGGCCAGUCGCGUGGAGAGAUAUGUUUCCUGUUCUUAUCCAACUUGAUCAGAUGUCUUUUGAUUCGAAUAAGGCAGAUAAACUUUUGUGGCGCCAAGGGGAUCAGCUUCAUGAGUUUUCUUCGGCUAGGGCUUGGGACUCGGUCAGACAUCGUGAAAUGGAGGCUGAGUGGUGUCCUAUUGUUUGGUUCGCUCAGUGCAUUCCUCGUCAUGCUUUCUUAAUGUGGCUUAUUAUGAGACGCAAAUUACUUACGCAGGAUAAGAUUUUAAAUUGGGACUUCUCGCGAAGGAAAAAUAUGAACAUGAUGUGCUGUCUUCUUUGUUAUGCCAAUCAUGACUCUCAUAGUCACCUGUUUUUCGAAUGUAACUUUUCUACCCAAGUUUGGCAUAUGGUUAGACAUAAAGUGGGAAUGGAUUCGGCUCAAGCGAAUUGGGAGGAUAUAGUUGCUUGGCUUCUAGUGCGGGCUAAGUCCAAUUCAGUUUUUAACUAUGCCGCUAGAUUGUUGGUAGCGGCCAGUGCUUAUUUGAUCUGGCAGGAACGCAAUGCGAGAUUAUUCAAGAACCAGCUGAGGCCUCCAGAAGCUAUAAGUGAGCUCAUUAUCCAACAGGUUCGUUACAAAUUGAUGGGUGCAAAGCUGAAGAAGUGUGACAAUGUGCGAAGACUUCUAGGUGCUUGGGAGAUUUAUGGAACUGAGCUUCAUGAUGGCAGUGGCUGA